GUCAAUAUGACUUAAAUCAGUGGUAAUUGGUAACAAGUUUAUACUCUCAAGUCCCAAGUUUAUGCUUGAAUUCUUAAAUAAAUAAUGUGUUUAUACUAAAGUGUAAUUUCACUAAUAAUUUAAAUGUGCAGGUGUGAUCAUCAUGUCAUCUAGUCGUUCAAAAUCAUCGAUACUGGACAAGCCCCUUAGUAAAGGAAAGGGUGAAGUCUCAUUAGCAAUUUACGCCCUUUUCUUUUCAGAAUUAGUACAAUAUUGUCAAAAUCGUUCCCAUUCCAUCCAAGAGCUACAAAAUAAGUUGUCUGAACUGGGUCAAGAUGUAGGCACAAGGGUGUUAGAUUUGUACUUUGUGAGAGAGAGAAACAGUAAGCGUGAAAUAAAGUUGUUGAAUAUGUUGUUGUUUGUUAAAUCAACACUUUGGAAGGUAUUAUUUGGUAAGGAGGCAGAUAAAUUGGAGCAUGCCAAUGAUGAUGAGAGGACUUAUUACAUCAUAGAGAAAGAUGCACUAGUAAACAAGUUUAUAAGUGUACCAAAGGACAAAGGGUCUCUAAACUGUGCUUCUUUUAAUGCUGGCAUUAUUGAAGCAGUGCUCACUAGAAGUGGUUUUCCAGCUAAAGUAACGGCACACUGGCACAAAGGAACAACAUACAUGGUCAAAUUUGAUGAUGGGGUCAUAGCAAGAGACAAGUCAUUGGACGAUCGAUAAGCUUUAUGUAGUAUAUAGAGUAAUGUUAUGUUAAAGUGUAAUAUGUAUUAAGUAUGAAUAAAUGUUUUGUUUACUUCAUUGUUUAA